GGGAACGAUCAACUACUGUGUACAUCCGGAUCCGCAUCCUCCCAAAACUGAUCAUGCCUAAGCUCCUCGGCUCGGAAAGAAUGUUGGCGAGAGCCCAGGGCAGCAUGAAGCCGUGAUUCAAACAAUUGUCGGUGCCGGGCCGAUAGCGGACGGUGCGCAUCGGAAAAGAGAGGGAGCGGUCGGUGUUUCAUGCCGCAAGGAGACAAUCGGCGGUGAAGAUGCAGCACAGGUCUUCACCCGGCAACGAGGUCCUGGGAUCAUGGGCGAUGGGUCGUCCCCAUCAAUCAAGGACGGCAGUCGAAUGUUCGACAGCAUUCCAAGCGCUGUCCCAGCUUGCUGGAUGGCCGGGGAAAGGGACCGUGAUUCCUUCUGCCUCCGGUCAGCCUCAACAGCCACCAACUACAUAAGUAGCCUUACAGGUCACCAACUGACUAGCCAACACAACCUGUCUUGUUUGUUGUGCUGCGUUGGCGGGCAGUUACCCUACAUUACGCUCUUUUUAGCAACCCUUCCUCGCAUCCCGCACAGGGCCUGUCCGUCAGAAGCCUGUAUCACGAGUUCGUCUCGUCUCCUCAUACUGGCUGGGCAACCCCGCCUGCCUCGUCUCAACCCAUGCGCCGCUACGGCUGUCGAGGCACGUCCCCGAAGCAAACUUCAUCGAGCAAUGGAAAUGCAAGAUUGGGCGCCAUGUCUCAACAAGCUGCAAGACCCCAUCAUGCGGCAGUUCGCAGCCAGGCCAUCUCCCGUCGAGCUCCCGCUUUUCAUCCCAUCUGAAGUGUCAGCCAGCGUUGCACUACUGGAGAGGAACCAAGCCGUUCCCGAGCCCCGAUUCGAUUGCAAAAAUGACGGCCGGGGCGACGCUGCGCCAGUGUGGUGCAGCCAGCGGACACACGCAGCCAUGCGAGGCGACUUGGCUAUCGUUCUGUGGCUCUCGCCAACCAUUCCCCUUCGGUUGUGAUGUCCUGCAGGGGACGAGCCAUCAACCCCCCUCGAGGAAGCCCCGCGCCUAUUUCAUCACCUUUGAGGCUUCCUCAUGACUUUCAAGGCUCCUCGGAGGCGUGACAUGCAAUGGAAUUGACGAACCAUGAUCGAACACCCACCAAU